CAGGCGAGGCGACGAUGGUGACGCUGCGCAAGGAGAGCAGCCGGCAGCUGGGCCUGAAGCUGGGCGGCCGCCGCACGGAGCCGGGCAUCUUCGUGAUGGAGGUCCUGGACGGGUCCGUGGCCGCGCAGGACGGCCGCCUGCAUCCGCACGACCGCAUCCUGGCCAUCAACGGCGUCGACGUCCGCUACGCGCGCCUCGACCACGCCUCGCGCCUCAUCCAGCAGACGCGGCACCACGUGAGCCUCGUGGUGAGCCGCGGCGCCGCCACUAGCGCCGUGGACUCGCCGGCGCCGCCGCCCGAGUACCAGCACCUGUUCCGGCGCCCCGACCCGGCGCUGCCCGUCCACCACUGGCGCACCAAGUCGGCGCCGGACCGCCUCGUGCCGCGCCUCGACUACCACCACAAGGACAUCAACAAGAGCCUGGGCGACGUCACCGACAGCCUGGAGGACGUCGUCGGCAGCGCGGACGACGUGGGUCUGUCAGCGUCUUGCGAGUCGCUGGACGAGCGCGGGUCGUCGGCGCCGCACAGGGACGGCUCGCUGCGCCACUCGAACGGCUCGCUCAGCUCGCCGGGGGAGCCGUUCAGCGGCUCGCUGGGCUCGCUGAACGGCGUCGGGCCGCUCUACCGCAGCAACGGCUCGCUCGGCGACUCGCUCGGCUCGCCGCUCAACCAGAGCUCGGGCUCGCUGUCGUCUGCGCUGCGGGCGGACGCGGGCGGCGCCAGGCACGACGUGGUGGACCCGCCCGCGCUGCCCCCGCGCCACCGCCACGCGCUGGCCCGCGCGCGCUCCAGCGACCCCCUGGACGGCCUGGAGGGCACGGACGGCUCGCGCGAGACGCUGCUCGAGCAGCCCAGCCUCGACGCGUCGCUGCAGAGCGGCGGCUCGGCGGUGUCGGUCGGACCCGCUGGCGACGCUACCGACGGUUCCUGCGGCAGCCGCAUGCGCGGACGUCGCUCCAGGGAUUCCAGCGACAUAGCGGACCUCGUGCACGGCUUUCGGCGCUCGCUGCGCAUUGAGAGCGCGCAGCUGCACCAGAAGACGGUCACCAUAUCCAAGGGCGCGAAUGAGAGCCUGGGCAUGCGCAUCGGAGGGGGCGUGUCCAGCAACGAGGGAGACACGCCCAUCUACAUCGCCAACAUCAACCCUCAGGGACCCGUGGGAAAGUCCAAGCAGGUGAAGAAGGGCGACGUGUUGCUGUCGGUGAACGGGCAGUCGCUGCUGGGGCUGACCCACGGGCAGGCCGUGGCGCUCCUGAAGGCCACGGCGGAGCUGGCGGGCGUGACCCUGUCGCUGCUGGAGGGCCCCGAGACGUCCCUGGGCACCGCCAACUUCGUGCCGUCGUGGCUGUACUGGCAGAAGCUGCCCCGCUCGCUGCACAUCUCCAAGAGCGUGGUGCUGCACCGCGCGCCGGGCGCCUCGCUGGGCUUCAGCAUCGUGGGCGGCUCCGACCCGCAGCGGGGGCCGGAGCCCAUCCACGUGCUGUUCGUGGUGCAGUCGUCGCCGGCGGCGGUGGACGGCAAGCUGCGCUGCGGCGACCGCCUGCUCUCGGUGGACGGCCACACGCUCGAGAUGGUGCGCCACUCGGCCGCCGUCAGCCUCCUCAAGCAGGCGGGCCAGAGGGUCCACCUCGAGGUCGUGUCGUGGCUCGGCACGGAGCUCUGAGGGCGCCCGUCGCCGCCCGUCCCUCUGCGGCGCCUCGUCGUGCCUUGUGCGAGGGCGGUCUCGAAGCUCAAACGGGAGUCAUGGCCUAAUUUCACACCAGGAAUUUAUAUUCAUCACAAAAUGCCGCAUAAAAUAGCUGCCUCGAGGCUUAAUAAUGUCACAUUAAACGCAUAUUAAAUAUGUAAUUCAGAAUAGCUCCCCCUGGUAUCACUCCGACGUUUGAAGCUGACAGGUGACUGCUGCAGCGCCCUCGAGAACCGUGAGCCGCAGCUGCGAGUGGCGUCCGCGCCAAUUGCCAGAUGCUCUGCGAUCGAGAGAUGAGGGUGGUUAGGUUCUCGAGUGGCUCUUCGUGUUAAUGGCCGCGCAAGGCUGAGCGAGCGAGGCUGCAACACAUGCACGGGCACGCUUGCACACUGGCAACGCAAGCAGAGGCCGGGCCGCCACAGGAAGCGUAAAGAGGUGGGAAAGGGGGGCAGGGGAGGGCUUGGUCUGCCGGCCCUCUCCCGCCGCGCCCCGCCAUAUCGCCCUCCGUCCGCCGGCCGGUUUCGCGUCUCCUCGGCAGACCAUCGUCGUCUCCAGCAAGGAGGACAAUGUCGGUCCUUCACCUACCAGUAGCUGUGAUUUCGAUUGGGUUCCUCUCCGCGAAGAACUAGUCUCUCGUCUUAGGGGUCAUUCAUGGUGGUGGGAGUAGUAGUCCUAAGUUCUGUUGCACCUCAGCAAUCUCUCCUGCGAUCUGUCCGUGUAAAUAGUCGCAGUCCUAGAUGUCGACUUGAAAAGCCUCCUCGACUUAAAGAAGAAAAAAGGAAAGAGGGCAAGGAAAAUCGCCCAUACUGGCGCUCCCUCGGUUUACAUUACAUGUAAACGACAAUUUCUUUGUCUUUUUUUUCAGCUGUUGAGUUUAUUCUUUUUAGGUUUAGUUGAACAUGAGCUGAGAGUUGUGUGUUUUACUUCCUUGAUAAUAUUAUGACUUGUAGUUGCUCUGCUUGACAGAAGGAAUUCAUUGACCUUACUUUGUGCUUUUAUUUGGCAGCUGUUAGAUCUUGAGGGUGACCUCAAAAGGCUCUGCAUAGAUGCUCACAUGUUUAAAGAUGGGGGAAAAGAAAGCAAAAAAAUAUAUAUAUUGUAUUUUGUAAUCAUCUUAGGCCUAGCAUCAAAGUGCCAGUUUUAUAUUUAUAAAGGUUUGGCCAAGCAUUGUUCCUAACACGUAAAGCCGACGUACACGUGGCCGUCCAACCGAAUGCAGAGGAGAGCACACACGCCCUCCGUCGGGUCGAGGUCCUGCUGGUCCUGCCCUCGAGGAGUGACUAGUGUGGGUUCGUCCAAGUGCCUUGUACCUCUCUUUAGAUGUUAUGAGAUCUGUUAUUGAUUAGAAAUUAGGUGAAAAUACGAAAAAUAAGAAAAAAAAAAAAAAUGCUGGCUGAUUCGUUCCUACUUUGUAUUUUUUCAUUGAUAAAAUUUUUCAGUGGUUUUGCCUCUUUGAUUUGGAUUUUUUCCGUCUGAUUUUGGACGUUUUUCUCUUCUGUAGGCAUUGCGAAAUCCCGAGAUGGCUUUUCGUGAAUUUUACCUUUCUGGUUUUAAAUUUGCAUAUUUAAUGAUAACCGACAGUUAAAAGUCAGCCGGUUGCAAUUUACAGUACUUUUUACAGAUUAAAAUAUUCACCACGGUACAAAUUAUUUAUGGUCUGGAGUUGAAAUUAAUUCCCUGGAUGAUUUUGAUAUGGGGGUUAUAAUUGUUUCCACAAUAAUUAUAUUUUCUAUGAAAUGUUUCAAAAAGCGAAGUGCUCAAAGGGAUUUAUCGUGUGCCUAAUCUGUUAUAAUCAUGGCAGAAUCCUUGUUACUUGUCGAAAGAAUAGCGCCUAUUAUUCGUGUUAGAAUGUUAUUUCAACACCCUUUUUAUAUGGUUAGCAAAACUAGGCUUCAUCGUUUACGGUGCGAAAGCUGUUAACACUCUGGUCUCGGAUCAUGUGCUGAAGCGUUUCGGACGAGGGGUCUGCACGGAGCAGCUCUUUCGGACGCUUCUGUUUCGAACUCUGACAAGUGAUUAUGGUAAAUCGCGCUAUGCAAAUGUUCCUAAGGUAUGAAAAGAAGUACGAGAUGCUAGUAUUGUAACGAUGAAGUUUAGUCGGGCUGUCCAUACUGUGUACCAACUUGUUGCAUAACCAACUGUCACAGUAGUUUUUAAAACAUCGGCUUUGUUAAGAUUAGUUGAUAAAAGUAAAGACAUGAAAAUGUGUUGAAAGUAAUAAAAAAAAAACGUAAUACCUUCUCCACAACCAGCCUGCUCUUGACCUCUUGCGUGUGGCUGUUAGCUCUUUGUGUUUCCGUAAAUGGAAGAAAAUAGUCUAAUCAGGCCACACCCUCAGGUUGAAGAGUCCCUCUGACUGGCCAAUCAGUCAGGGCGGGAAGGACUUGGCGGGGUCAUUCUGGUAACCUGUAGAAUUGUGAAAUACUUGACUAGAGGUGAGAAUAAAGAUUCUUAACCACAA